GUCCUCAGUCAUGGGCAACACCACAUCGAUCACGCGUUCAGAGAGCUCUCACUGGGAUUUCACCGCCUCCGACAUGCUACUCGAUCAGAUGGAGAAGCAGAGCUACGUUGUCGCAGCACCCACUUGGAUCGAGGCCAUCACAACCUAUUUCGCACUUGUGCUAUCGACGAUGGUGGCUCUGCUCACGGGUAGUUUUUCUAAGCCGAAGAGAGCUUCGAUCCUCGUCGACACCGCGUGCCAGACGGAAGAUGAAUACUUCUUCGCAGAGUUAAUUGUCAACCGUGAUUGGAUGCCCUGUCAUGUUGACUGCAAGGAGGUCAAUGACGACGAUACCCACUCCUGCACUUCAGAGGAGACUGAGCUGUUCACCGAUGCGGAGAAUGAGGAAGACGAACUGAAUUUUAGUGACUCUGAAUGGGAAAACGAGGACUCCGCAAGUGAAGACAUGCUUCACGCUAUCUGUGAUGCGUGCGAGAACUGUGCUGAUUGCGACUGCGAGACCCAGGCUGAGCAGCUAUUGCAUUUAUCUGCUAUCGUGUGUCAAGACAACAACGACUUCAGUCCAAUCUAUCUCGAAGAUUAUCUUUGCAAGUGCGGUGAGUGUCCACAGUACAAGGAGAUCGCGGAUGAUGUCGCAGCGGCAGCAAAAACAUCACGACUACAAACUCAAAGUAUCACACGUCUUUUACAGGCUUUCUCGACCUACAACGAAGCUAUCGGCUACCGCGCCGACAUGAUCCCCGCUGCUUGUGAGUGUUUGCGAGUCUGGAAUGGAGAUGAAGAUAAGGCAGUCAAGUCAUUCGUCACGUUGUACGAUGAAGUGCCUCGACUGUGUGACCCAACCAACGCUUAA